UGUUUAGUUUUAAGGGCAUGUUUGUUACGGCUUUAUUUUCCCAAAAUUCCAUAUUUAUGAAGAUUAAUGUUUAGGGUUGAAUUGAUGAUAUGAUUUGUUAGGAAAUUCUCCAUCUCCAAUGGCGCAAAGAAAGAUCUUCAGCUCACAUGGUUUUGAUUUAUCUACUCGCCGUCGUCGUCGUUGUACACGCGCCGCCACCUCUAAAUAAGUCAACCAAUUGAAAGCACAGGACAGGAUACUUCCCAAUCGGAGCAAACUCUGUAUAUUAGGUUUGGGAAUGGGAGAGGAAGAUGGAGCCGGAGCCAGAUCGCCGCCGGUCAAUAGCUCCGGCCAUCAACCGAAGCCGACUGCCAAGCUCACAAUCUUACCUCUCAUCGCCUUAAUUUUCUACGAGGUCUCCGGCGGCCCCUUCGGCGUCGAGGAUUCCGUCAAAGCAGGCGGCGGCCCCCUCCUCCCUCUCCUAGGGUUCCUAAUUUUCCCUCUCUUCUGGAGCAUUCCAGAAGCUCUAAUCACCGCCGAGCUCGCCACCGCCUUCCCCGACAACGGCGGCUAUGUCCUCUGGAUCUCCUCCGCCUUCGGCCCCUUCUGGGGAUUCCAGGAAGGUCUCUGGAAAUGGUUCAGCGGCGUCAUGGACAACGCUCUUUACCCUGUACUAUUCCUCGAUUACCUAAAGCAUUCCCUCCCCGUCUUCUCCAACACCAUAGCUCGAAUUCCAGCUCUGUUAGGGAUUACUGCUUCUCUCACAUACUUAAAUUACAGAGGCCUCAACAUCGUCGGAUUCUCCGCCGUCUUGCUCGCCUGCUUUUCUCUGCUACCAUUUCUCGCCAUGGCUGCUCUCUCUGUACCUCGAAUUCAGCCGAAGCGCUGGCUCGUUGUGGAUCGCCGCAAGGUGGACUGGAGGGGAUACUUCAACAAUCUGUUCUGGAAUCUUAAUUAUUGGGACAAUGCGAGUACUGUCGCCGGAGAGAUUGAGGAUCCGAGCAGGGCGUUUCCGAGGGCGUUGCUUGGGGCGGUUGUUCUGGUGGUUUGUUCCUAUUUGGUACCGUUGCUUGUCGGCACCGGAGCUGUGGACACGGAUUCCGGCGAGUGGAGCGACGGCUAUUUUGCGAGGAUAGGAAUGAUGAUCGGCGGCGCGUGGCUGAAGUGGUGGAUCCAGGCGGCGGCGGCGUUGUCGAAUAUGGGGCUUUUUGAAGCUGAGAUGAGCAGCGAUUCGUUUCAGCUUUUGGGUAUGAGCGAGAUCGGGAUGCUCCCCGCGGUUUUCGCAUCGAGAUCGAAGUAUGGGACGCCGACAUUCAGCAUUCUAUGCUCGGCGACGGGCGUGGUCUUCCUAUCGUGGAUGAGUUUCCAGGAGAUCCAGGAGUUUCUCAACUUUCUCUACGCGGUGGGGAUGCUGUUGGAGCUUGCGGCAUUCGUGAAGCUGAGAGUGGACAAGCCGGAGCUGCAGAGGCCGUACAGAGUCCCGUUGGGAACGGUUGGUGCAGCGACGAUGUGCUUGCCCCCGGCAGUGCUGCUGGUUCUGGUGAUGUGGCUGGCGUCUCCGAAGACGUAUUUGGUGAGCGGGGUGGUGGUGGUGGCGGGGGUUGCUGCGUAUCCGUUUCUCGUCUGGGCGAAGGAGAGGAGAUGGGUCGAGUUUGUUAACUCGGAUGCUGUUGUUAUUGCGGAUGAGGAGCGUGUGAUGAUGCUCGAGGAACAUCGAGCGGUUGUAGCUUCUCACGGCAUUAGUUCCGCCAUGUCGGAGAUUUCAGCCUCAGCUUCAAAAUUGGAGUAGAGAGCGCACUCGAAAGUAGUCGUCCAAGUUAAAGAGAGGCAAGUAAAGCUGUGAUGAUAUGAUAAUUGUUUGUCCAUAUUUGUAACAUUUUGUUGUAAUGACAAGCAUAUAUACGGACUUUUAUUAAGAUUAUUAUUAAGUGAUUAAAUGAUCUUUUAAUUAAAUGAAAAAAAAGAAAGAUUAAAUA